GGAAUUUUUAUGCAACUCAUGUUUUCUCUCAAAAUUUUCAGACUUCUUCAUUUUUUUUCUAUUUCAAGAAAAAUCUCAAGAACUUCGAGGACUGAAGUCAAGCAGAAGAUGGAAGACAAACGACCUCAAUUUGGUAACAGAUUCCUGACGGAGUCAAACAAUGUGUUUGAACACAAUGCCUGGGACAAUGUGGUCUGGGAUGAAGAGCAAGAGAAAGAGGCAUUGGAGAAAGUCAAAGCAAACUCAAUUAAUCUUGUCAGCCAGGAAAUGUUUGAGAAAUAUGAAAAUGAAGCUGGGGAUUAUUGGGACAGUUUCUAUACAAUACAUCAAAAUAGAUUUUUUAAAGAUCGACACUGGUUAUUCACAGAAUUUCCAGAACUUGCCCCUCCAACACUGACUGAUGCUAUGGAAGCGUCAAACAUAGAUGAAGACAGCUCAGAAUCCAAUUCAACAAUAUUGACUGCAAAAGAGACCGUUCUAAAAAUAGGAGAUACAACUAACACUAAUGAUGAUAAAGAAAAGACAAAAUUUUCAUUAAACACUGCAAGAGAGAUAAACAAUGAACCCAAAUCAGACAGUGCACAGAUAGAUAAAGCUUCGAGUUCUUUAGCUAAUGAUUUGAAAACAAAAGAACCUGAAGUGUGUUAUGAGGAAGGUUCAAAUGAUACCAUUACAGGUGAUAAAGGUGAAGGUGAUGUAUAUCCUGGUGAGAAGGCUCACAUGAGAAUACUAGAAGUUGGAUGUGGAGUUGGCAAUACAGUUUUUCCUGUCCUCCAAACCAACAAUGAUCCUGGUGUGUUUGUAUAUUGUUGUGAUUUCUCCAACACUGCAAUUGAUAUUGUGAAGGAGCAUGCAGAUUACGAUCCAGAGAGGUGUCAUGCUUUCUAUUGUGACAUCACAGACAUGUCAGCCCCUCUACCAUUCCCUGAGAAUAGUCUGGAUGUAAUUGUCAUGAUCUUUGUGCUGUCAGCUACUCACCCACAUAAGAUGCAAGAAGCUAUGAAUAGACUAGCAAGACACCUGAAGCCUGGGGGAAAAAUCAUGUUCAGGGAUUACGGCAGAUAUGACAUGGCUCAACUUCGCUUCAAAAAUGGUAAAUGUCUAUCUGAUAAUUUCUAUGUUCGAGGAGAUGGCACAAGGGUCUAUUUCUUCACUCAAGAAGAACUGAGGGAUUUGUUCACAAAGGCAGGAUUAGUAGAGGAACAAAAUUUGAUUGACAGGCGACUUCAGGUGAACCGGGGUCGACAGAUAAAGAUGUACAGAGUCUGGGUCCAGUGUAAAUAUAGGAAACCACUCACAUGAUUUAAUGUAGUGGAGAACUGACAUUUUAGUUGGUUUUACAUAGAAGGAAUGAAAAUAAAUGAAUCAAAAUAACUUUGUGUUCUGUGGAUAGAGAAAAA